UUUUAAAACUUUGUAACAUUUUUACUUCAUUUCCUAUUAUUUUUUAAAGGUAUAUUGAUUAUAUGAUUUCACUAUAUCUCAAAAGUAUACACGGUAUACGAGACAGGAUUUUCAGUUGCUUCUGAAAAGAUGAACUCUCCUCCCUGAUUCUUCUCUACGAAUUCUCCUCAAAAAGCCCACAGUCUCUUCUUUUUCUUUUCUAAAUCACGAAAUCAACCAAUUCUUGCGCACAUCUUGCUCGAUCGCACCAUUCUGAAAGAAAUUUUCUGUGUAAAAACCAUAAAAUCGCCAGUCGUGGGCUGAUCUUCACUCUCGAAUUUUGCACAUCCAAGUUUAUACAUUAUUCGGUUCUUGCAUAUUCGUCUAAGGUGAACUGUGUAUUCCUAUGAAGUUCUUUAUUUGUUGGAGUGAAGGUUGAAUUCAAAGAUUGCUAUUUCGUCCUGAGUCACAACAGAAAAAAAAAAAAAAGUAUAAAGCUAUUUCAGCAAGAGUCACAAAGGAUUAAAAACCAAAAAAUGAUUUGAUCAAAUCAACCGAGGCCACGUCACGUGGUUAUCAAAAGGAGAUUGACGACUAAAACGCUAAAAGAUGACAGAUGAGGAAAAACAAAUAAAAACAGAGCAACAUGCUCACGUUAAAAAACAGCAACCGGAAUGGAUACCUGGGUAUACACUUUCCCAACAUCCGGAAGAGAUCCGACAAGCAUUAUUCAUGAGAAAAAACCCGUCUGUUUCUAUUGAGAAAAAAGUGAAAAUGGAAGAUUUCGAAGACUACGAUGUCAUGGAUCCGAUUUACAGAAUGGGGUGGGGUGGUGUCCUAGAGUUUGAGUCAGAUAUCUGCUACAAGCAACCCGUAAUAGAUUGGAUAUCAACCCUUCAACGCCAUGGUGAUGGAGCAUCCUUAGCCUUAACUGGUAUAGUUAGUGGAAAACAAUACACACUUACCCACGACAAAAUCAGGCAAAUAUUCGGUGUUGACACGGGUAUUAGAGGAGAACCGGGUCGGGCUUACGAAUAUCCAGAUGAGAGUUAUCUGGAGCCCUCGAAUCUUGAAACUCAAGAUUGGAUUGAUCGAUUGCAAGAGUUGUUCUUUCUUCCUCCUGACACAAUCAAAUAUACGUCAUCGGGGAAAGCGGAUCUAAAGCCACAAGCGAAGGUUUUGUGGGGAGUAGGUGUUUGGAAUAUUUUUCCUAGAGAGGCCGGGUAUGAAAGUAAAAUUCGGGUUCGUGAUAUUUCAAUUUUAUAUGGGCUUAUUUCAGGGAGAGUGGCUAUAUCGUAUGCGCACUUGGUGAUGUUGAAUUUAUGGGCUACUUAUGAGAGCGCAUAUAGGUCUAGUAUCCCUCAUGGAUAUCUCUUGUCUAGAUUUUUACACAAUGAAGGUGCUAUUGAUAUGGAUAUGGAUAUGGAAGCCCAUAGGAUAAAUAUAGAACUUCGGACCUUAACACAGCAGGAUAUCCCUAAUCUCGUGUUUUCACUAGAACCCCCCUUCCAUAUCAAAGAUUGGCAAAACCGAACAUUUGUGGCAGAUUUUGAACCUGAAGAGAGACAGAUAGUGGAGAGAGAAAAAGCCGAGAGAGUUGGAAGAAGAGAUGGAGUGCAAGAACAAGAACAAGAAAUUCUAAACCUCAAAAAGUCAGACCACUUAGUUGAAAAUGAAUUGCCAAUAAAGGCUUCGUCUUCUGAAUCCAAACCAAGUACAACUUGUGUUCGAGGCUACAAGGUGAAGAACAGCUUAGCGCCAAUUCUUGAAGCCGUUUUUAUGAAGCAUGGUGACAUAGCAGCUGAAUGUAUAUUCAAAAAAGCUUCCGUGAGGGCAUUUUUCCUAGGGAUUGUUUGUGAAGUUGUCAUGCAGCUUCAAACAAAUGAUGAUAGGACUAUAAUUUCGAAGAUGGAGGAAAUGGAAACCGAUGUCUCAGAGGUAGAGGCAGCUAACAUUCAUGUCUCGUGGCUUCGAUCUCACUUGGAAGCCAGGAAAACGUCAAGUUUGAUGAUGGAAACGAAAGCAAAAAUGAGUUCGCUUAAAAAAGCUGCAAAAAUGGAAGUGAGAGAGAUACGUACAGAGUUCAUGGCUGCAAAAGAACGGCUUAAACAGGCUAAAAGGAUUGUAAAAGUACUCGAUCUUGUACACAAGAAGCUAAAAACCAAUAUCCACGAGGGUCACACCCCUAGUUUGUUAUAGGUUAAUCAUAUGGGGUGUGGAUAAUAGAAGAUUCACCAGUGUCACCGGGGGAUUCUAAAGGCACCAUACCUAAAACCACUAAUGUAUAAGUCAAUACCACCUUGAAUAUGUGAAACAAAAAACUAUUAAAAUAAUUAUGGUUUAAUGAA